AUGGAUUCAUCUUCAUAUUCUCUCAAUUUUAUUCAUCCUUCUUGUUCUUCAUUAUUCUCAAGCACUUGCAAAAAAGAUAGGGUUUUGAGCACUAGGGUUUUUGCUAGUAAAGGAAAUAGUGCACCGGAUCAUCAUCGUCGCCAUCAUCAUCAUUGUCACAAUUAUUGUCGAAUUGUCGAUGAGAACAUGAUCGUUCUUCGAAAGAGGAUCCAUGAGAUGAAGAUGGUGGAGAGGAACUACGAGGCGCCUGACGAUUGGAUGCAAUGGGAGAAACGUUACUAUACAAGUUACGAUUCAAUAAUAUGUGACGCUUUAGGGGUUUUGCAAGGUAAAUUAAUGAAUACAAGACCAAGUUUGGCUUUGGGGAUUGUCGUUUUGAUGAUUUUGAGUGUGCCAAUUUCUUCUGCCAUGGCUUUUUUCCAAAUUUUGGAGAUAACUAAAGGGAUUUUAGCUGGGAUUUCUAUGGUGUGA